CUUCAGCUCUUUUUCGGGAACUCUCACUUUUUUUGACAUUCAAAUAUAAAUAUAGAUUGCCAUGAAUAAUUAUAAUUAAAACAUUAAUACAUACUAAAUAAAAUUUGUGUAGUCGUUUCCUAGUUUUAAAAAUGUUAUAAUUCUGAUAAAUAUGAGAACUGUGUGAGCUAUUUGCCAGAAUUUUGAAAAGUAUGACUUACCUGGUCAAGAGUGCCUGGCCAGGACUACAUGAAAAAUAAUACGCUGGGCCAAUCCAAAGAGAUCAGUCGAGAGUUCCCGUCUAGGGAACACCCUGAACGAUCUUCUACCAACACCGACAGCACUCGCGCUACACGUUUGUUUGAUUAAGCAUUUAAGGUCCGAAGCUUUUCUGAAAUGCAGUUAGCAUUGCAGUUCAAGAUGGUUGUUUUGAUUGUUUUGCCCAUAUUAGAGCCAGUGUCAUCCAACUCGGCAAAUUGAUUGGGGCGAGUUAAGGCCCCCGAAGCGGGAGCCCGGAAGGGCUUGCGGUCAGAAACGCCAUGGAGGCAAAUAUUGCAGAGUUUAGCAUGUUGGCAAAGCCCUUGCGACUGUCCAUCAUAGCCUGGUAGUAGCCGCAAUGACAAAGUAAUCCGGCGAUAAAAGAAUAAUUUCCAUUCACCUAUCAUGCCAUGUCGAGAGUCCGCGUGCAGCCGCCCUUUAUCGCUGUUUUUUGGGUAAUACCAAUAAUCGUAUCUUUCGGGUAGAGAGAACCGACGAGCGGAUGACUUCUAGCCGGAAGAGGGCUUUGAAAAUUUACGGGAAGGGGCAAACCUAAAAUACGGUAAAACGUCAAUUACAUGCAUUUAAACGGUUUGAAUAAGGUCUCAUUCAGUCAUCGUUCUAUUAACUAUUAGUGGAACGUGAUAAAAGUUAAUGAAUAUAAUCGGAGUCUGGAAACUGAGCACCUUAAAAUAAACAGAUUUAAUUUGAAGGCACUUUAAAGGGCAGAAUUAGCACUAUGUUGCCUUUUAUGCAUCAGCGGCAAUCGGUUUCUAGAUAUCGCUACAACUUUAUACUUGCGUUAAAAACAAAAAUAAAAGCUGUCCAUUUUUCCUCGAAAACUUUUCGUAAUAAAAUGAGAAAAAAUAAAGUAGCAUAUGAGGUCUGCUGGCAAUUGCAUAAAGGUUGUUGCGAAACAGGUCAAGUGCAAAAAUGUCCGACUAAGACACCAACAAGCUAUUUUUAUAAUUCUUUGAGUGCAAUAGAAAAUUUGGUAAUUAUUUAUUUGUAUAAGCUCAUCAGACGCAGCUAUAAAUGUAAAACGAUUUUUAAAAAUUCCAGUUCAGAAAUUAAGUGGAGAUUUCAACACUUGUUACAUAACAGAAGAGUCAGAAAUUUAGUACUUAAGGGUUGGGCUAAACAAUUAACUAAUGCGGAUGAGUCUUACUCCAACAAUUUACAGAAUCUUUUAAAACUUCGCGAACAAUUACUUAUAGAUCGAACAAUAUAUUUGACUUCUUGGUUUGAAAGACAAAAAGAACGGUUCAAGUCUAAAGGAUUUCUGGAGAAAAUUUUAAAAGUUAAAGAAAAACAGCAAAAACUUAUGCUUAAAAUGGAAGAGGAACGACAAUAUUUAAAAAGAUUACUGCGCUUUAAUAAGGACAAGUCAAGUUUAGUCACUGAAAAUUCGCAAAACCAGUCAAUUUUAAGAAAUACAAUGGGAUAUCAUAGGCCUUGCCAUUUACCUAUGUUUGCAGGAAAUACCUCUACAAACUUAAGCCAAGAAUUUGUGCGUUGUAUACUAUUGUCGCAUAAUAUAUCCAGCUCAACGAUCUGUAAACAAAUUGUUUGUAAUUUACAGUCAAAGAAGUUCUGGAAACAACUUAAUAAACUUCUAAUUUUUCAAAAUAAUCUCCAGUUCAAAGAUAAGAGAACACUUUCAUAUACAAGUUUUGUUGCUGCGAAUUUUAUCACUCGAAACUUACUACUAAAAAAAGCGUAUCUAAACGAAAGGAGCUUUGUUAAACAAGCAGCGACAAGAAAAUUAUAUAACGAUGAUUCUGUUUUAAAACUAAUUGCGAAACCUACAACACUUAAAUCUCAUCCGAUUGUCAGCCCUCUUAAAAUGAAGUCUGAGAAGUGUCCACAGAAAAAUAUAAAUGCUGAUAGAACGAUGACAAUUGAUUCAGAUGAAGUCGUCCAAAAUCCAAAAAGUUUAACCCAUGCAUGCGUUGGAGAACUUCUAAAUUGGGCUUUACGAUGCUUUUUGAGUACAAUAAUUCUAUUAAACAAGGAGCCUGUCCAUUUCCCUACAUCUUCGGCAUGUUGUUUGAGUAAAAGAGAGGGAUCCUAUUUUAAUAUAUACAAACGCUGUAUCCUGGAUAUGACUUUUGAAGCAUUAAAAAGUCAUUGGAAAGGGUCUAAAAAUGUGAAAUGUUUAAGUUCUCUUCCCAAUAUUCUAAGCUCGUUGCGUUGCAGACCCCUUUCGAUAUGCAGAAGUGCAAAUAAAAAUAAUUUAGUGAAUAAAAUCAAUCAAAAGCACUCUGGAAAUCAUUUGGCUUGUCACGAUCGGAUUGAAAAAAUCACAAAUGUCGAAGAAUAUGAUGCACAUGAACGCUGGGAAAACCAUCCUUAUAAAGAAUGCGAGCUUCUGAAACUAUUGAUUAAUGAACUAAUGGUUCAGCAUAUAAAACAGGUUGUUAAGUGUGAAUUGUUUGGCAACUUUUAUCAGUGAACAAUUUGUUUUCGGUGUCUGAGUGUACUAAUAAAUAUUAUCAUCAUCGUUGA